UUUUAAUGGAUCCGAGCUUCGGAUGAAGAUCCGGAGCCAUGGAGCGGGUAGCCGCCGACUCAGGAAAGAGGGGCGAUCCCUUUGCUGGAGGGAUCCCUGCCUGGGAUUUUCUCGAUGCGCCCCCGAUGGCAGCAGAGCGCGGCCCCGAGGAGCGGCAGGACUGCGCUGAAAGCUUCAGCUUUGCAGGCUCUGAAAACUGUUCCAUGUUUCAAUCGAGGUCAACAUCUCCUCCUUGGGAAAAGGACAUUGCUGCGGUAGAGUCUGUCCAGCAGCCGGUGACCUUUGAAGAUGUGGCUGUCUGUUUCACAAAGGGGCAGUGGGAUCUGCUGGAGCCAGAGCAAAAAGCCUUGUACAAGGAGGUCAUGCAAGAGAACUACGAAAACGUGGCCUCCCUGGGUUUUCCAGUUGCCAAACCGACCCUGAUCUUCUGGCUGGAGCAAGAAGCGGAGCCCUGGGUUCAAGAUCUGGGAGAAAAAGCAAUCAAAGCAAGUGACAAGAAGACGGCGAAGAAAAAAGCAACCUGCCUCCUGUGUGGGAAAAUAGUCUCUUCUAAAUAUGCUCUUAUCGGGCACAUGAGGACCCACACGGGAGAGAAGCCUUACGAAUGCCCUGAGUGCAGGCGGACGUUUGCUUUGCGGAAGAAUCUGACCCUGCACCAGAAAACUCACCAGAAACAGCUUGUGCCAAACUCGCAGUUAAUCCAAGAAACCGCUUCCUGUAAAGAAUCUGCUUUUAGCCAUAACCAGCCAGGGGGACGAGAACAUCAAGAUUACAUAAUGUCGGAUGGUUCAGUGCCUCAGCCAAGCUACCUUGGAGGAAUAAUCAAGGUUGAAAUGGUGGACGACCCAGACGAGAAAGAUCCGAUGGAUGACUAUGCUCUCUCGCUGUGCCCCCCGAUGGAAGUGUGGCCUCCAGAUCUGUACCCAGAGGGCUGUGGAAGGGAAACUGGUGCAGCGGGAGCAGCCCGAAAGACUUUAGGCCCCCGAUCUAUCCAAAACUCAUGGUUCUCUCAAUUCCCAUGGCUGGAGGCUGACAAAGGGCAGACCACCCUCUACUGCGUGGUGUGCAAGGAGAACCCGCCCGCUCACGGCCCCGUGUCCAAACUAGUAACGGGGUACACCAGGCCGUUCAAAGUGGAGACUCUGAAGCACCACGACAAGAGCAACACCCACAAGCUUUGUGUCCGAGCGCUGACAGCUAAGGAAGACCCGGACGGCGCUCCGGCGGCCGAGCGCUUGACGAAGAUGUCCAGCUACGUGCUGAAAAACAUGGAGCACCUUUUUAGUGCCGCUUACGACAUUGCUUACCACUCGAAGCCGCUGAACGAUUACGAGAAAGCGCUGGACCUCCUGCAAGUCAUGGGAGCCCCCAUCAUCCCCAGGUACAGGAACAGGGUCGCAUGCACGCUCUUCAUAAGGUGCAUCGCGGACACGCUGCGGAAGGAGAUACUUGACAGCAUCUGCCGCUCACCCUGCGCCAGCCUCCUCUUGGACAGCUUCACGGAUUCGUCCGACCAGCCCUGCGUGGCAGUUUACAUCCGCUACCUAAAGAGAGUGGAAGUGAAGGAAUCGUACCUUUGCUUGGCGUCUUUGCCCGGCAACACAGCUGACGCCUGCUUUGCUGCCACCGUUUUAGCCAUGGAUGAGCUGCAGAUCCCAUUCAGGAAACCUGGGUGGCUCGUGGGCCUUGCGACAGGCGGCGCAGCCAGCAUAACGGGCUGCAAAAGUGCGCUCGUCGCCAAGUUCCAAGAGGUGAUCCCUCGCCUGUCGCCGGCUCAUUGUGUCACCCCCAAGCUGCAGUAUGCAGCCAUUGGUGCCUGCUACAGGGAUGUUGACUUUGUGAAGGACUGCGAAAAGCACAUCAGGGCAAUGUUCAAGUUUUUCCAAGCCUCCCCUGAAAGACUGAGGGAGCUGCAGGUUGCGGCUCCCCGCCUGGGCCAGAAAGUGGCCAAACUAAUGGAAUCCAACAGUGUCAGGUGGGUGGCGAGCAAGAGGCAAACUCUAAGCGCCCUUCUCGAAAGCCUGCCGGCCUUGGUUGCUCACGUUGAGCGCCUGUCGAAAUCCAGCAGCCACGAGGGGCAGAAGGCGAAAGGCAUGUUGACGUUCUUGAGGAGUUUCCAUUUUGUCAAGUUUUCCCACUUCUUGAUCGACUUCCUUCAGCUCUACAAACCCCUCUCGGAAGUGUUCCAGAAAGAAAGCGUCUUGCUUGGGCAAGUGACUGCUGCUCUGGAGGCUGCAUACCUCGCCUUGCAAAACCUCCUCCAACAGCCGGGACCGAAGGAGGAAGAGUUUAAUGCCACCGUGAAGGAUGGCUCUUUCAGAGGGGUCUCCUUGGAUGUGGUCGAGAUGGGAGAGUUUCGGUUACAAGUGGACCGAGCAAAAAUCAUCCUGACCGGGGCGGAAUACCUGCACCAGAGAUUUGACGGCGAGACGUCGCCGCAGCUCUUAAAAAGCACAGAAGUGUUUGAUACCGUGUGUCGGCCUGCUGCUGGGAGCCGCCUUGCCAACUUUGGCGAUGCCGAGGUACUUUCCAUGGCGAAAUAUUUUGAGUACGCUCUCCCCCCGAGCUACAGCGAGGAAAGGCUGCUGGGUGAAUGGGCGGGACUUAAAAACGUGGCCAAGGACCUUUUGUUUUCAGAGCUGUGCAAGAAGGCCAUUGCGGAGCGCCAAGCGUUUCCUCUGCUGAGCAAACUUGCCUCGAUUUCUGCAUGCUUACGAAUCUCCACAGGAAGCUGUAAGUGGGGCUGCGUUGUUAUGAACCUGAUAAGGACUUACGAGAGGUUGAAGCUUUCCAACGAAGUGGCAAACUCUCUCGUGAUGGUAGCUGUCAACGGGGUGGCAGUGCCAGACUUUGACCCUUUGCCUGCAAUCGAGCACUGGUACUUAACAUCAUCAGGCCGUCGUUGUUGACAACUCGGCCGCCGUCCCCACGUGCGUCGUUGAUGGGAUGUGGCCUGGAGCAGGGUGUGCAGGGUGUGAAUGUGACUUAUAGUUGCAUUCGUGCAAGAGAUCAGCACCUGAUUUCUCCCCCUCCUUUUCUCUCCCCUCCCCUUGUGUCAGUCUGACCAAGCUCAAAAGGGAGAACAGCCAUGUUUGAGCCAAAGGCAGCAGGCCAGAAACUAAGCCUUUAGGGCAGGCAUCCCCAAACUGCGGCCCUCCAAAUGUUUUGGCCUACAACUCCCAUGAUUCCUAGCUAAGAGGACCAGUGGUCAGGGAUAAUGGGAAUUGUAGUCCAAAACAUCUGGAGGGCCGAAGUCUGGGGAUGUCUGCUCUAGGGUUACCUAGCAACACAAGUAUUAACCCAUUGUGGUGCGCAGGGCUUGAAGGGGUUCUUGUAUGGACCUAGAUCACAGGCCGGGGGGGAAGAGAGUUGAUCACACAUGAAAAGUAUUCUGCGCCCAACAGAUGCUUUGAGCAGGUCUGGUGACGAUCUCAGGAUGCUCUGGCAGCUUCCUUGUUUAGUUAAAAAAUGGUUUUCAAAGCCAAUCCUUUAAAAAAGCCAAAGAAGAGGGGGGGAACCCUACAUACAGGGGUCAGCAAACUUUUUCAGCAAGGGGCCGGUCCACUGUCCCUCAGACCUUGUGGGGGGCCAGACUAUUUUUUGGGGGGGAAAUGAACUAAUUCCUAUGCCCCACAAAUAACCCAGAGAUGCAUUUUAAAUAAAAGCACACAUUCUACUCAUGUAAAAACACCAGGGAGGCCCCACAAAUAACCCAGAGAUGCAUUUUAGAUCAAAGGACAUAACCCAGAGAUGCAUUUUAAAUCAAAGGACAUAACCCAGAGAUGCAUUUUAAAUAAAAGGACACAUUCUACUCAUGUAAAAACAUGCUGAUUCCCAGACCGCCCAUGGGCCAGAUUUAGAAGGCGACUGGGCCGCAUCCGGCCCCCAGGCAUUGGCUCGGCACAGAUGCUUCCACCUGUUACGUUUCCUUACUAAUUUUUUGAGGCCACGUUGUUAAUACUGGUGUCACUUUAAAUUUUGUCGCAGUGCUUUGGGUACCAUGGGGUACUAAAAAGAACAAAACACUUGUAUGAUUUGUUUCUUUUUAUUGUUGCACACAGCUGUGGAAGGGUUUGCAAGCUGAGGCAGUAAAGAAAUGACGUCAGCAAAUACAAAAUAGCUACAAAAUGAAUUGGUGUUGGGAAUGUUUAUACAGCACUCUCGCCUCAAAGGUCUUUUGGUGGGAACUAGGACCAAAUAUUCCAGCCAGGUACUAGUAGAGUAAAGCUAGACAGAUUUAUGUGACAGCAUUAAAGCAUAAUUUGCCAGAUUGCGUGUCACAGUGAUUGUGCAGCUGGCGAGUUAGACACAGUCCAUUUAAGUUUCAAUCACAAUGAGGAGAUUUACUUCCCACAGCUAGUAAAAGUGAGGGUCACUGCUAUAACGUGCAAGUAUCUUCUCUUAUGUGCAAUUGAGUUUGACAUAGAAAUGUCAGACAGAGGGCAUCUCUCUUGUAUAUAUCAAUGCAUGCAAGUUAUAUAAUCCAGGGGACACGAUUGCUUUAUUUUUUGCAGGGAGGGGGGCAUGGGCCUAUUUGCAAACAUGGACAUGACAUGGACUGACAUGGACA